UGUCCCGUUCCCCCCGAUCUUCCUGGGAAAUUCAGUUCAAUAUUUUUUCUCCUUUCUCGUUACUCAUGUGUCUCCCGGUUUGGGAGGAGGGUGAAAAUGGACUGAACAAGAGGGAGGAGAAAACCCAGGCAGAGAAAGAGAGGGAAAUAGCUAGAGCCCGUAGCCAGACUUUGCCUGCUUAUUCAGCGCUGAGUGCUGCACUGCGCCGAUCCAGUUGUGGGAUGUUAAGAUUUGCCUUUGGCUGCACUUCUCCUCACUCACAUAAAGACUCUUUAGACAUUUUUAUGCUCAUUUUCUUGGAGGAGGAGUGAGAGAGGGAGAGACUAGCCAGACCUAUUAGCCUGGAGCCUGAAACACACACACCAACUCUCGCUCUCUCGCUCUCUCGCUCUCUCUCUCUCUCUCUCUCCCCGACACACACACUUGUACACUCCUCCAGCUCCGCGCUGCACCAAGGUAACAGUGAGUGGAUUUAGCCUUAGCCAUCUGGUCGGAGCGCAGAGAAAACCUCUGCUGCACAGAGGGGAAAAGGGAAAGGACGAUGCAGCACUAAACAGAGAAAGCCAAAGAGUGAAGAGUGAAAGAGAACGCGACACACACACACACACACACUGACAGACAGGAUGGCCACCGCAGUGUUUCAGGUGUCUUCAUCUUGUGUUCCAGCGGCAAACUAUGAGCUGGCACCAAGCAGCGACCUCCCUCUCAAACAUGUAGACACCAUGGGCUCGACAAAAUCUUCAAAGAGCAUGGAGUCACGGCGCAGACCAUCGAGGAGUGUGAGUCUGCUGCAGGCCCUGGAGGAGAGCUACGAGCUGGACCUGAUCUACAUCACCGAGAGAAUCAUCUCUGUCUCCUUCCCCAGCAGCGUGGAGGAGCAGAGCUACGCUGCCAACCUGCGGGAGGUCGCCUCCAUGCUGCGCUCCAAACACGGCCACAACUACCUGCUCUUCAACCUCAGUGAGAAGCGUUACGACAUCAGCCAACUUAAUCCAAAGGUGUUGGACUUUGGCUGGCCUGACCACCAUGCUCCAGCCCUGGACAAAAUCUGCAGCAUUUGCAAGGCCAUGGACACCUGGCUGAGUGCGGACAGCCACAACGUGGUGGUCAUACACAACAAGGGCAACCGGGGCAGAACUGGAGUGGUGGUGGCAGCCUACAUGCAUUACAGCAACAUAUCUGCCAGUGCUGACCAGGCUCUGGACAGGUUUGCCAUGAAGCGCUUCUAUGAAGACAAAGUGCUUCCUGUGGGCCAGCCGUCUCAGAAAAGGUAUGUGGAGUACUUCAGCGGCUUGCUCUCCGGACACAUCAAGAUCAACAACAAACCCCUGUUCCUUCAUCAUGUCAUCAUGCACGGCAUCCCCAACUUUGAGUCUAAGGGAGGUUGUCGUCCUUUUCUCAAAAUCUACCAGGCCAUGCAGCCCGUGUACACAUCUGGAAUCUAUAAUGUUCAGGGUGACAGCCAGACCAGCAUCUGUAUUACCAUUGAACCUGGUCUUCUUCUGAAAGGGGACAUUCUGCUCAAGUGCUACCACAAGCGCUACCGUAGCCCGUGCCGAGACGUGAUAUUCCGGGUGCAGUUUCACACCUGCGCUGUUCACGACCUGGGGAUUGUCUUUGGGAAAGAUGAGCUUGACGAAACAUUCAAAGAUGACAGGUUUCCAGAAUAUGGAAAAGUGGAGUUUAUUUUCUCCUUUGGACCAGAGAAAAUGCAUGGUCAAGGUGUGGACCACCUGGAAAACGGGCCGAGCGUCUCGGUUGACUACAACACACAAGAUCCUCUGAUCCGCUGGGACUCCUAUGAAAACUUCAAUCAGAAUUGUGAGGACACCACAGACGAAGUCAUCCAUACCCAAGGACCCCUGGACGGCAGCCUCUACGCCAAAGUUCGCAAAAAGGAGUCUGUUGAAGGAACAGUCACAGCAAACGGCCUCCCACCCACUGCUGUUGAACAUGCUCUGCCCGCGGUUGACCAUGCCUUGUCAGUGAGCAGCGACUCAGGAAACUCUACUGCCUCCAUCAAAACUGACCGAACUGAUGAAGCGGCAGCAGCCCCUCAGGCUUCCACAGUGAGCCAGACACAAGUUCCUGUAGGUGAGGAACUACCCCCAGUCCAUCACCACGCCCCACCUGCACAACAACCAAUCAGUCCCCAAGAGAAACAGGAGCUGGAGCAGCUGCUGAGUGGCUUGGAGGGUCCCAUGCAUCGACAGGGCUACCUGUCCACUCCAACCUCUUCUGUUGGAGGUAUGCUUCACCUUGUGCCUGCCCAGGUCCAUGUCAAUGGGCACAGUAGCAUUGACCGUGAGACGGACAUUUUAGAUGAUGAGCUACCCACCAGUCAAGAGGGCAACAGUGUGGACAGUCUAGGGACGUUCUCCUCAACAGAUGGUCGGGCUACACCAGCUGAUCUUUACUACCAGUCUGAGUCACUUAUCAAUGGCCAGGACCAUGUGCCGUAUCUGGAGCGCAGCGUUCCAGAAAAGCCUCUGGAAACCGUCCAGCUACAGGUUGGCCUAUCCGACAAACCUGUCACUUUGAGACAAAGUGAUUCAGCCCCAUCCUCGGCUAAUUACAUGCCUACCCAGAAUGGCAAUUUGUACCGCUCUCAGUCAUUUGGUGCAGAGACAAAUUCUAUGCCACAAGCUCCCACCCGCACCACCAGUAGCAGGGAUGCCGUCCAGCGUGGUCUCAAUGUUUGGCAGCAGUUUGGUGUACCUGAGGAGCCAGUAACUGAAGGCCUCACUUUUAGCCCACUUCCUUCUGUAGCAGUGAUGCCCAGCCACCACAGCCUCCCACAGUUCCCUCAUCGCCACAGUGCCUCCCAGCAAGAAAUUGAGCAAUCUAUUGAAACCCUUAAUCUCCUCAUGUUGGACCUGGAACCAGGCCAAUCGCUGGUGCCAAAGUCCCAAAGUGCUCCACUGCGAGACAACAGUGUUGUAGUGACCACCCAGCCGUCCUUCUCCCAGAGCCAAGCCAGGCCCUCCUACCAGGCCGAUGCCACCAUUCAUACCCACUUUUCUGGCCCCAUGUCCGGCCUGGCCAGCCACACGUCACCGGCUCAGAUGUCACCAGGGAAGCCUAGUACACCAGAGCCUGCACCUGUCCAGGGAUCUCUGAGUUACACAUCUGAAACGGCUGGAACCAGUCUUUCCUCACAAGCCUCCCCCACUGUAGCUGGUCACAUCCAGCUCAAGCCCAUCAACACCUACCCACCAAGCACAUUGUCCCAGUCAGCAGAGGUCUCUGAGCCCCAGAGAAGCCCUAGUGCUUCCUCAGCAUCACCACAGCCAAGAGAUAGUGAACCAGAUGAAGUCUUCAACGUUGAAGGUCUGGUGGCUCAAAGAGUGGCUGAAUACUCGGCUCGUGUCCAACGUGUCAUCCCCAGCAUUACCUCUUCUCAGUCUGAGCACCGCCGUUCUCACUCCCUCUCGGGUGUCCAGGCCCGUGCAGUGUCCUUGGACGAGCCUGCAACUCUGCCCCGCCGUCGCAUCACCAGCGACGGCCAAUACCAGAGCGGUCCUGAUGACGGUUCCUCUCCUGAUGUCCCAGUUCGUUCCCCCAUCCGCUGUGUUUCUCCAGAGUUUGUCAACGCCAUAGCGAUGAACCCCGGGGGGCGACCUAAGGAGAGACACAUGCACAGCUACCGUGAAGCCUUCGAGGAGAUGGAGGGUGGCCCCAUCAGUCCUACACCCACAGUUGGUGGUGAGGUGUUUCCCCAAACCCCUGCCUUCCCCAUCACGCCGCAAACCCCUUACUUCAACCUAUGUCGGUCCCCUCCUGGUCUUGCCAAGACUCCACUGUCAGCCCUGGGAUUGAAGCCCCACAACCCAGCAGAAAUCCUCCUCAAUCAAACCGGCUCAGAUGAUGAGAGCAGUGAGGGUGAGGAAGCAGCACCAAGAAGCUAUGUAGAGUCUGUGGCAAGGUCGGCAGUGGCAGGCGGCGAGCAGCCCGCUUCACCUCAGAGCCUUAGCCCACCAAGAGAGACUACAGGCCAGCAGAGAAGUCCAAGUCCCUCCUCCCACACACUGAACCCACCUUUGUCCAGCAGCAGCCCCAUCCAGAGCUCACUGGGUGAUCACCCCUUAGCAGAGAGCAGCGUUAGCACUCCGUCCCAACCCACUACUGAUUCGGGCUUCCGCUCCCAGGCUACAGAGAGUGUCUACCCCACUCUCACCCCCUCAUAUCAAGCCCUGAAUACUCCCACUUCUUCCUACCUAGAUUCCAGCUCUCCGAUCUCUUCCUACCUUGGCACUACUACCCCUACACUGUCCAAGCUUGGCCCCAACACCCUACUAGGGAGCUAUGUGCCCUCAGAUCCCAGCCCGCUCACCUCAGAACCCUCCCAGAAAACGCUCAGCCACGAAAGUCCCCAUGCACAGCACCGGACCAACAUCCUUGGCUCCACCCAUAACCCCGUCCUCCAGCAGCGCUCAAAUGCUAAUCAGGAUGGUUUCAUCAUGGGCCAGCAAACAUCACCAGCUAAUGGCUUUGAGGUGGGUAUGGUAGGUCUCAGUGGCAGUCCCAUCCUUGGUUGUCGUCUGUCUCACGGAGCGCAGAGCAUCCCAGUCCUCGGCAGACAGGCCUCUUUGGGACAGGGGUCGCAGCGGAGCCCGGUCCUCAGCAGACAACCGUCCCUGGGCCAGCCCAUGCAGAGCAGCCCCGUGCUCACACACCCCCAAGGAAGUCCAGUUUUGGGCCGACACCCAUCCGUAUCACAGGUAUCCCAGAGAAGCCCCAGUUUGGACCGUCACCCCAUGCACAGCGGUUACACCACCCCAGAUGAGAGACACGGGAACCUGUCGCGACAGAGCAGCUCCUCGGGCUACCAGGGACCACCCACUCCCUCCUUCCCCAUCUCGCCUGCAGGCUUCCAGGAUGUGGGGACUGGUAUAGGGUUCCGGCAGGGCAGCCCAGCCCCUGGUUUCCAGCCCCAGCUUCCAGAGAAGAGGCGCAUGUCGAGUGGCGAUAGACCAAAUGGAGCAUUGUCCUAUGGCACGCUGAACGGGAAGAUAAUGUCCCCAGUGAGUGGAGGAAGCACUCCCAGCUACUUCCACACCCUCUCUGACUUUUCAAGGUUCAAUAUGCCCGAUGGAAGUCCUGAGAGCAGGCUGAAUGUCAAGUUUGUCCAAGACACGUCCAAGUUCUGGUAUAAGCCAGACAUUUCCAGGGAGCAAGCUAUCAGCCUGCUGAGAGAGAGGGAGCCUGGAGCCUUUGUUAUCCGGGACAGUCACUCGUUCAGGGGGGCUUACGGCUUGGCUAUGAAGGUGGCCUCUCCUCCACCCUCAGUGCAUCAGAACAAGAAAGGUGACAUCACCAAUGAGCUGGUGAGGCACUUCCUGAUUGAGAGCAGCCCUAAAGGAGUGAAGCUGAAGGGUUGUCCAAACGAGCCUUACUUUGGCUGUCUGUCUGCCUUGGUCUACCAACAUGCUAUCACACCACUGGCCCUACCCUGCAAACUACUCAUCCCAACAACAGAUCUCAUUGAGGAAGCGCCAGAAGUCGCGACAACAAAUCCACUGGUUGAAAGGCUGAAACAAGGAGCAGUGCAGAGGGCCCCUGCUGAUUCCCAUGCAUGCAACGUGCUCUAUAUCAACUCAGUGGAGAUGGAGUCCCUGACAGGCCCUCAGGCUGUCGCCAAAGCCAUAUCUGAGACACUGGCUGCCGCUUCUCCACCUACUGCCACCAUUGUGCACUUCAAGGUGUCUUCACAAGGCAUCACACUGACCGACAACCAGAGGAAGCUUUUCUUCCGACGCCACUAUCCUAGCAACGCUGUCACGUUCUGCGAUACUGACCCUCAGGACAGAAAGUGGAACAAGCCUGAGGGAGGCACAGCCAAGCUGUUUGGGUUUGUGGCGCGUAAGCAGGGAAGCACAACCGACAACGUCAGCCACCUCUUCGCUGAGAUGGACCCCGACCAGCCUGCCAACGCCAUCGUCAACUUCGUCUUGAAGAUGAUCGCCUCGCAGAAACGAUGAGAGCUGACAGCAAACCCUGGCGCUUUUUUUAAAAUGCCUUUGGUUAUUUUCUUUCCUUUUAACCACAGACACUUACUUUCUGUUUUGGACAAUUUAGCAUUUGGUUUUAUGUGUCACCUUAUUUUUUCCUGCUCUUUUACAUUUACUUGAGUGUCUGUGUGUGUGUUUGUGUAUGUAAACAAAUGAAAGAACAAGACAGAGUGUGUGUGUGUGUGUGUGUGUGUGUGUGUGUGCACGCGCGCACGUGCGUGUGUGCGGCUUGCAUGCAUGUUCUUUUCUUCUUGGACGGACUCCAGAAUGGACCAGAGGAAGUGCAGGAUGGGCAUGGCUGUGUGUGACAAUGGGACGGGAGGCGAUUCCGAUCUCCAGGCAGGGUAACACAUGAACAGGAAGAGGGAAUGACAUUGUGUGUGCAAAUGUGAUUUUUUUAACAAUUGUUUGAUUUUUAUUUUUCUAAAGAAGAAGUCAAGUUGUGCGAUGUAAAGUUGGAUUGUAAAUCUAUCAGGCUUUUGACUGGUCAACCAAAGAUUUUAAAAAAGUAGUCAGGGCGUGUAUAGUGUGCCACUGUUGGGGGUCGGAAGUAUUCUUUUGUAAAACAAUUAUGGCUGCUUAAUCAAAAAUACUGAACUGUUUCUUUCUGUAUGUACUGAUACUGUAGGUCAAUUCUGCACCGUUGCCAUCUUGCAAACAAUGUUUUCGGACAUUUUUGCAGCUGGUGAGGUCUGUGUAAAUAUUCUAGAUUGCUUUAUGAGUAGGACUGUUCUAGAUGACAUUUGGUGCCUGACUUUCUUUUGUAAUGCAGAGCUUUUUAAGAAAAAGAAGAACAUAAAACUCUUCCAGGCUGUCUUAAAUAUGCAAAUAGCCAAACUUGGAAUUAAGGUUGUUCUCCAAAAUUCCACAGGUCCUUCCCUGUUCGAUGUAGCAGUGUCGCUAAAGAUGCAACAGAUGUUAUUCCUCUGAAGUGCAGCUGGAGUCGGACGAUAUCAGCUAAAACAAUUUUUCUUGCAUCUAAGGUUUCCAUGUGGACACAGAAAAGCAUCAGUAAGAAGCCCACUGAAUCAUUGCAUCCACACAAAGUCUCUUGAUUGUUUUGGUCAGACAAGCAAAGAAGAGGAAUGGCUUCCUAUCUGCCAACAUUCCCUGUUCGGUCUGCGCAGCACAUAUCCACACUAUUUCGCUCAUUACUGAAGGGCCUAAAGUUGUUUUGUGAGGACGAUCUUUACAGAAAAGUGUUGUCCUCCUAUACUGCUCUUCAGCUUUCUGUGUUGAAAGUUUCCGUCAAUAGAAAGAAGCUCUUUGCGUCAGCCGGCCAAAACUGUUAACACACCUAACCCAAAAGUAAGCUAUACAUAUAAAUAUACAUAUAUAGAUAUAUAUAAAAACUUCCAAACAGUGACUUAAGAUAUUUAUUUUUUUUGCUUUGUUGCUCUAUGUUAUCGUGUAUACAUGUAUUAUAAAGUAUACAUCAAGAUUACUGAAAGUGAGAAGAAAAGAUUGCUUUUUAUUUUGGCUAAAGUGCAUUGACAUAUAUAAGGUGUAAAUUGUGUGCAUUUAAAAGUGUAUCACUGUUGUUUUUGAAUGUUUUUUUUCACAGCAUUACUUCCUUUUGUUAACAUUCUUGUUUUCUUGGGGAGGCUUUGUUUUUGUUUUUUAAGAGAGGGGAAAUAUUUUGUAUGAAAGAUUGUUGUUACUAAAGUCCAAAUCGGAGUUAUCCUAAAGUGAUGCCAACACGAUUGUUUUAUUAACUUAAACCUGCCUAGAAAAUACAUUGUCCAAGUUUAGCACUUAAAUGUUGAAGUAUUAUCAGUGUGUUUCUACUUGUUAAAAGAGACGAUAUGGAAAUUGACAGACCCAUGUCAUCAUUGCAUGUGUGGAGGCAGACUUACUAGCUCCUAAAUCGUAUUUCACACAGCAUCUCCGCAUGGGUCUGGAGCUUGUUCAUGGAAAACCAGUCAGUUCAGUGAGUAGCUGCUGCCCUCAUGUGGUGUCGAAAGAUCAUUACAAAGGAACCACUUUUAUUCUACAGUGUUUUAGCUGUGAUUAUGGCACGUCAAAGGGUAAAUGUUUGAGUUAAGUAAUGUGAUCGCUGAGAAAAUGAACUUAAAGAACUUUAAUUUUAAUGUUGAUUCAAAUGCUAAUUUUCUUAGCAAAUGAGUUUUGCCAAAUCCCAUUCAAGGAUUGAGGAGCAGAGAUUUCGACUCCCUCCUUUAUGCCUGAUACUCUAGGAUCAGUUGGCAGCAUGAUUAACUAAAUAAGGGUUAGUUUGGGGGCCUACAUUGACUCCAGUGUACUUCAAAAAUAGAAAAAGCAGCACUUACAGGGCGUUUAUAUCUGACAAGAAUGUCCCAUUAUUUAUUAGCAAGAGCCUGCAUGCUCCAGUCAAGUUGUUACCUUAGCGUUGCUGACUGUAAUCUGUACACAGUAUCCUCAAGUCUUACUCAACCCAGCCCUUUCCAGAAAGAUGCCUAUAGAUAGUUAUCAUCAGGUUUUGAUUUUCACGUGACAACCGUGUCUUGACUCGGCUUAUCAGAAAGAAGAAUCUAUAUUUUUGCCAUCCAAAUGCUUGUUGAGAAAAGAGUCUACUUCAAACUGAAUGUUAGCCAUUUGUUUGCCAAGAUGGGAACUCCAGUGGCAACUGCCCACUUUGACAGAUCAGUCUGGACUGUGGAAUGUGUGUGAAUGAGCUACUAUGCCUGUAUAGAGCCUUGUCAUGUUUGGUUUGCUACAUUGUAUGGCUUUUACUAUUUCUGAUGGAAUAAAAACACAUUAAAAAGCAGUACAAAUCAAAA